GAGGUGACGCACUAGCGACCCAGAUCUCCUCGCUCCCCGCCCGACCCCCGCUAAGGCCCGGACAGCGGCAGACCUCGCCGGCUGCCCCUUGGUUAAAAAUGGUCUCCAGGAUGGUUUCUACUCUGCUGUCUGGCCUAGUGUUUUGGCUGACAUUUGGAUGGACUCUAACAUCUGCUUACAGCCCGAGGACCCCUGACCGGGUCUCCGAAACAGAUAUCCAGAGGCUGCUCCAUGGCGUGAUGGAGCAGUUGGGCAUUGCGAGGCCACGGGUGGAGUAUCCAGCCCACCAGGCCAUGAAUCUUGUGGGCCCACAGAGCAUCGAAGGUGGAGCUCAUGAAGGCCUGCAGCACUUGGGUCCUUUUGGCAACAUCCCAAACAUCGUGGCAGAGUUGACCGGUGACAACAUUCCUAAAGACUUCAGUGAAGAUCAGGGCUACCCAGACCCUCCAAAUCCCUGUCCUGUUGGAAAAACAGUAGAUGAUGGAUGUCUUGAAAACACCCCUGACACAGCAGAGUUCAGUCGAGAAUUCCAGUUACACCAGCACCUUUUUGAUCCAGAACAUGACUAUCCAGGCUUGGGCAAGUGGAACAAGAAACUCCUUUAUGAGAAGAUGAAGGGAGGACAGAGGCGCAAGCGGAGGAGUAUCAAUCCAUAUCUACAAGGACAGAGACUGGAUAACGUGGUUGCAAAGAAGUCAGUCCCCCAUUUUUCAGAUGAGGAAAAGGACCCAGAGUAAACUGGAGAUGCUGGGAGGAAACCCACGCUGCCUGCCAAGCCUCCUCGGUAUUGCUUCUGCGCACGUGUUAUUAGAGCCGCUGUGAGUGGCAGCAUGUUUCUGAUUUAGACAAAUAUGGAUGCAAAGCAGCUGUAUUUUGAUACCGUGUUGUCCUGUACACCGAUAGCUCUACUUCCUGCUAAAUUAGGAUAAGAGCCCUUUUUUUUGUAAAUGUAGAUCUGCAAUGAGCAUUAAAAUUAAAGUGUGUAUGUCAACAACAGUCAAAGGCAAAUAAAUGAAAUGUCUGCCGAUUUCUUGGAGUUUAAAAUGGUGUUUUGGGUGGCACUGUUUUGACCAAGGCUGUAAAAAGCUGGCAUUUGAUUUUGAUUAUGUAGUUCAUCCAGCCCUUAGGCAUUGUUACACACCAGUAAAGACGACUGCACCCGGGAGGAGGAGCCAACACAUUUCACUUGGCUGCAUCUUAAUAAAUGUGUACGUAGGC